GAAGCCUCUUGUUCGACUGGCAGCAGCGCAAUGACACGUGGGGAACGCCGCUCCUUGCAAUUCUCUCAGGCAAUCUCUGGGAGGCCCCUGAAUGGAUGUUUCAACGGAAAGUGGCCCUGACCCGAUGGGCCAUGAGCCUGGGGGCACGGCCUGACCAUCAUGCGCCACUUAAGUGCGAGUGGUGGAUCGAGUUUCCAUGGGAGGAUCUAGUCUUGGGAGGUAACUCCGCCGUCUCUUUGGUCAGCAACGCCCUGCACCUGGGUGCAGAGAGCGAUUACCCGCACAACAGCUUAGCGAUGCAUCGGCUACGGGUCUUCCGUGAGGUCCUUGCUGCCGCGACUUUUGCACCUACAAUGCAUCGCGUGGAUGUGCGGGCUAGUGUGCCGCAGUUGUGGGAAAUGAUCCUCAAAGACACCUGCAGCUCGGACUUCGAGUUCGUGACAUCUUCAGGUAGCGUCCUCGCCCAUGUGGCGGUUCUGCGAGAGGCUUGUCCAAGUCUUCCUGCAAUCAAGUCGCGUUCUUCUCACGGUGACAUCGUCCGGGAGGAGGUGCCGUACAGCCAGGCCACAAUGCAACACUUCACAUCACUCCUGUACUGCGGCUGCUUCGCAGAGGGCUUGCAAAUCUAUGAGGGUGACUGCUCCACUUUGGUCGAGUUGGCAGAUGCCUCCAUUUGCUUCAGCGCACAGGCGCUUAUACCAAUGCUGACAAUGCACCUGCGGUGCCAGCUCCAGCAAGCAAGCUUCGGACCCAUCUGCAGCUUUGCCCUCCGCCACGGUCAUGACACUCUCCUCGAUGACUGCC